UUAGUUCCAAAUUGCCACAAGAUCUCACAUUUUCACCGAUAGCCAGUCCAGAGUCCGACUUUACCCAUGGCUUCCCAAUUUCUAUCUGUCAAAAAAUGGAAAUAUGAUGUUUUCCUGAAUUUUCUACCGGAAGACUUCAACAAACGCUUCGUUACCGAUCUUUACAAACGUCUGGAAGACAUAGGAAUCAAGGCAUUCAAACACGAUGGCAGAUCUGCAAAACUAGAACCAUUUUCGGCAGAAAUCUCAGAAGCCAUCGAGGAAUCAAGGAUUGCUAUUACAAUCUUCUCCGAGAUGUAUGCUUUAUCCAGACUGUGCUUGGAAGAAAUCACCAAGAUCAUGGAGUGCGUUGGCAGACGCAGACAAAAAUUCUUCCCGGUCUUCUAUCGCACAAAACCAUCAGAAGUAACACGGGAGUUUAAUUUCGAACAUGGCGACGCACUCGAUGAUCUUCCCGGUGCUAAUUGGAAGAGGGUUCAGAAGUAUAAGGACGCUCUCUCUAAAGCAUUCGACAUUGUGGGAUAUAAAGAAGUGGAUUCCUAUGAUUAUGAACCUUUCGAACAUAUCCGUCGGAACGCUGAAGAAUGUAUUGAGGAAAUUGUUGAUAAGGUUUCUCAGGUUAUGAACAUUUCAAAAUAUCUUGUGGGAAUCAGAUCUCGUGUAGAGGAAGUAAAAUCAUUGUUGAAAGUUGAAUCUGGCGGUGUUCAUUCUAUAGGGAUAUGGGGGAUGGCUGGUGUAGGGAAGACAACUGUUGCCAGAGCACUUUUUAAUGAGAUCUCUUGUCAAUUUGAAGAGUCUUGUUUUCUUCCAAAUGUUAGGAGAGUCUUAGAAAAGCAUGGACGGGGAGGCCUACACCAUUUGCAACAGAAGCUUCUUUCCCAGAUUCUCAAGAAACAUUCUGUUGGUUUAGCAAAUUUUGCUAGCAGCGACGAAUUUAUAAGCCAAAUGCUUCGUUCCAGGAAAUUUCUAAUUAUUCUUGAUGAUAUGGAUGACAAUCACCAAUUGGAACAUUUAACUGGACAGCGUAAUUUGUUUGGUGAUGGCAGUAGGGUCAUUACAACAACUAGAAGUUUUGAUUUACUUGGCAAGCAUGAUGUGUUUUAUCGUGUCCCAGAACUGACCAACAAUGAGGCUUUAGAACUUUUUAGUUGGCACGCCUUUCAACAAGGAGCUCCAGUUAAAGACUUCGAAGAGCUCUCGUGCUGUGUAGUAGAUUAUGCUAAAGGCUUACCCUUAACUCUGGAGGUCUUGGGUUCUUUUCUCUACAAACAAAGUACAAAAGAACAGAUAAGUGCAUUAUAUAGACUCCAAGAUUUCAGAGAUGAGAAAAUUGUUAGGUUACUUAUCAUAAGUUUAGAUGCAUUGGGUGCCGAAUACAAGAAUAUAUUUCUUCAUAUUGCAUGCUUCUUUAGAGGAAAACAGAAAAAAGAUGUGAUUACAGUAUUGAAUAAACUUGGCUUCGUGUUAGUUAAUGAAAUAGAUGUCCUCGAAAGAUCAUUUUUAUAUAUCUCAGAAGGAAUGAUUGAGAUGCACGAUCCGAUAGCACAAAUGGGUCAGCAAGUGGCACGUGAUGCUGAGCAGGGCAAGCCAUGGAAUUGCAGUAGACUAUGGCAUGAAAAAGAUAUGAACACUGUUUCUGCAUAUCAGAUUGCCAGAACCCAUACAUUUUCCGUGGCUCCAAAAAAUAAAGCGAAUCAAAAGUGGAAAUAUGAUGCCUUUUUGAGUUUCAGAGGAGAAGACACCCGCAAUAACUUUGUUGCCCAUCUUUUUAAACGUCUCCAAGACAUAGGAAUCAAUGUAUUCAAAGAUGAUGUAAAACUUGAAAGAGGAAAGAUCAUUUCAACAGAACUCUCGAAAGCCAUUGAGGAAUCAAGAACUGCCAUUAUUAUCUUCUCCAAGGACUAUGCUUCAUCCACCUGGUGCUUGGAGGAACUCAAAAUGAUCAUGGAGUGUGUUGACAAGAAGGAACAGAAAGCAUAUCCUGUCUUCUAUAACGUCGAACCAUCAGAUAUACGCAUGAAAACUGAGAGCAGCAGCUUUGCUAAAGCGUUGGAAAAACACAGGGAAGAUUUCAAGGCUAAUUUUGAGAAGUUGGCAAGUAAACACGAGGCCGAUAUUGCUCUCCGGAAAAAAGAUGAGACAAAUCACAAGGAUAAUUUGGAGAAGGUGCAGAGGUGGAAGGACGCUCUACAUAGAGCUGCUGGAAUAGCAGGACUGGAUGUUCGUAAAACUGCUAAUGGGAAUGAAGCAGAAUCUAUUGAGAAGAUUAUAAAUGAUAACUUCCAAAAUAUGCACCACACCGUUUCAGCAACUGAAAAAUAUCUAGUGGGAAUGGAAUCUCGUAUGGGUGAAGUAGAAUCAUUAUUGAAGUUUCCAUCAGGUGAUGUUUUCUUUAUUGGAAUAUGGGGGAUCGGAGGCGUUGGGAAGACAACUGUUGCAAGAAAAUAUUUUGACAAGGUUUCUCAUCAAUUUCAAAGGUCUUGUUUUCUUGCGAAUGUUAGAGAAGAAUCAAAGAAACAUGGGCUGAUGCACUUGCAAAAGACGCUUCUUUCAAAACUCUUAAAAGAAAAAUCAAUGAAUAUAGCAUGUUUUUAUGAAGGGGCCGACAUGAUAAAAAGAAGGCUUUGCCACUGGAAAGUUUUAAUUGUUUUUGAUGAUGUCGAUGAUGAAGACCAAUUGAAAUAUUUAGUUGGAAAUCAUGACUGGUUUGGUGGUGGCAGUAUAAUCAUUACAACAACUAGAAACCAAGAUUUACUACGUAGUCAUGACAAGUUAUAUUCUGUUCCUGUUUUGGCUAAAGAUGAUGCUAUUGAAGUUUUUAGUUGGCACGCUUUUCAUAAACCGACUCCUGAUAAAGAAUUUUUGGAACUCUCCAAGUCUAUUGUAGAUUAUGCUAAAGGCCUACCCUUAGCUCUUAAGGUCUUCGGCUCUUUUCUCUACCAACGAGGCGUAACUAAGUGGAGAAGUGCAAUAGAUAGACUGAAAGAUACUGGGCAUGAUGAAAUUGUUAAGCAGCUCAGUAUAAGUCUAGAUGGAUUGAACCAUGAAGAGAAGAAUGCAUUUCUUGAUAUUGCAUGCUUCUUUAGAGGAAGAAAGAAAGAUGAUGUGAUAACAGUACUGAACAGUUUAGGCUUCCGAUCAGAGAUUGGAAUUGAUGUCCUCAUCCAAAAAUCUCUUUUAUAUAUUUCAGAAGGAAUGGUUGAGAUGCAUGAUUUGAUAGAACAAAUGGGUCAGCAAGUGGCACGUAAUGUGGACCAUGACAAGCCAUGGAAGCACAGUAGACUAUGGCAUGAACAAGAUAUAAAAACUGUUUUUUCUGCAGAUCAGAGGACAGAGUCAAUUAAAGGCAUUAUGGCACCAAUUGGCUCAGACCGUCAUAUAUGCAAGUGGAGCAAAGAAUUCAGAAACAUGCCUUGUCUAAGGUUACUCAUUGUCAAAGGGGAGGAGGCCCGACAUCAUGACCCUAUUUGUGACCCUAUUGAGUAUCUCCCCAGUAACUUGAAAUGGCUUGAUUGGUCAUACUACACUUUUGUAUCUUUACCAGAAGAUUUUGAUCCGGGAAAUCUAGUUGGGCUCAUUAUGACUUGUAGUUCUCUUGUUGAAAUCUUCAAGGGACCAAAGGCAUUUGACAAGUUGACAAUCCUCAAUCUAAGUUUUUCAAGAAGUUUACUCCGAACACCCAAUUUUUGUGAGACUCCAAACCUCCGGAAGAUUAUACUAAAAAGUUGUGAAAGUUUGGUUGAAAUUCAUCCAUCCAUUGGAAAUCUCAAAAAGCUUAUCUUCUUGAAUCUGGAAAAAUGCAAAAAUCUCAAGUCUUUACCAAGUAGUAUUCAAAUGGAAUCUCUUGAAAGCUUCAACCUCUCAGGUUGUCAGAAAUUAGAAAAAUUUCCAGAAAUUCGAGGGAAUAUGGAAUCGCUAUCAGAGCUCCUUCUGGCACGUACUGCAAUUUGUGAAUUGCCCUCAUCAGUAGGACAGCUCAGUGGUAUCAGCUUGCUUGAUUUGCAAUCAUGUGAAAACCUUGAAAGACUCCCAGCCAGUGUCUGUGAGAUGAGAAAACUGAAAAUUUUGAUUCUGAAAGGCUGCUCAAGACUUGCAAUUUUUCCUGAAAAUCUAGGUGAUCUAAAUGAGUUGGAGGAGCUCUAUGCUGGCAACACUGCCAUUUGGCAACUGCCAGAUUCUAUUGGAAACUUAAGCAAACUCAAGAUCCUUUCAUUAAGAAAAGGGCGGAAGGUAAAGCAUCAAUGUGCUCGCAGUUUGAUAUUACCCGGGCUGUUUCAUGGUUUGAGGGAACUGAAAAGCUUAGAUCUCAGUGGAUGUAAUUUAUGUGAUAACGAAGUUGCUGCUCUUAUGAACCUAACUUCUUUAUUGGAACUGAAUCUGAGCAGAAAUAAGUUUAUAACUUUGCCUGAUAUCUUCAGCGGACUUUCUCACCUUCGAUAUCUCAAUAUUACACACUGUCAGGAACUUCAAAAACUUCCCAAACUUCCUCAGAAUAUAGAGGAAUUAUAUGUAGAAGAUUUUUUGGCAAAAGAAAGUAUUGCAAAGCUACAGAUGUACCCAAGGUUGAAUUUGGUAUCAUUCACCAAUUAUAGUUUUGAUCAACAAUCUUAUACAGAGGAGAGCAAUGGUAGCUCAAUUUCAGAUGAGAUUCUCAGUUUGUUUCUAUCAAACAAUAUUGAUGAUGUGAUCCUCCCCACUCUUAACUCUGAUCAUAGGGUAACUUGUUCCAUUGUCUUUCCUGAAUAUGCAAUUCCCACAUGGUUUAUGCAUCAGAGUGUUGAGGAAAAGAUGUCGUUCAAACUGCCCAUUAAUUGGUAUAAUGAUAAGUUCAAGGGCUUUGCUAUAUGCUGUGUGACUCUCAUGGGAGAAGGUGUCUGCUGUCCUGAUUCAGAACUAUCUGAGAAGUAUGACUAUGCUUUCAUCAAAACCAAUUUGGUAUGCAAAGAUGAUUUAGAAGACCUUAAAGUGCUAGAGAAAGAAUGUAAAGUGGGCACAGCAUCUAGAGCGUAUGGCUGGUGUGUUUGCUUUGUGUACAUACCAUUGCAUGCUUCACUGCAGGUGUCUGGCACAGAUGUUGGAAAUAUUAACCAGUAUAGCCUAUUUGAGGCAUCUAUCCAUGGGCGCAUUGUGAGACAGUGGGGAGUUCAUUUGAUUUAUGAGGAUGAAGGAAUAAUUUCAAAGCCCAGCAGACCACUGUUUUCAAAGGGUUUCUGGGAGCAGGGCAAAUAUGAAAGACAGAGAGUUAUGCAGGACUUAUGAUAUUUUUCAGUUUCUGCUUACAAAAGUUCAAGGCGGAGUCUUUUUAGCGACCAUGCCUCCAGAAGUCCUUGACAUCACAAGAAAAGGUUCAUGAAUAAGCCCGUAAAAAACUUGGUUAAACGCGCUGAAUGCUCAAGCGUAUUAAACAGUUCUAGGUUAAUCUUGAUAAGGAGUAAUGGAAGCUUGAAACAGUCAACGAUCUAUACGAGAUGCUAGUGAUUACUCAGAGCGUUACUUUUGUGAACACCAGGUGCGAGAGUGAUUUAUGU